AAACAAAUCAAUUCGUUGAUAACACAUUACUUUCCAAGGUUGCAAAAGAUUGGCACCGAUAUUUUUUUCCUCCUAUUACACAUUAAUGUUAUCCCUCCCUUUCAGUUGCCUCCUCUACGUCUAGGGUUUUUAUAUGCUUCCCAAAUUUUCCCAAAUUUUGUAGUUGGUUCUAUUUGCUUUGCAUUUCAGAAGGACUUCAUCAAUACUGUCGUGGUGGUUUUCUUUGUUCCGAACUCAGAUUAGUUACUACGAUAUAAGUGCAAAUUAAUCAUAUGAGUGAAGUUUGAUUAGAUGGUAUGGAUGAAGGAAUGAAUGACGAAGUGAAUACAAUCAAUGCCAUUGAUGGCACACACAGUGAAAUCAAAGGGGGCGAGUACUCACUGAAAGCAGACCGUGCCAAUGUGUUGGGAUCACAUGAGAUGAUUACUCCUGGUGAGGGUGAAUGUCGAGAGAGCUCACCCCAUGUAUUUGGAAUUAUUUUGGAGAGCAAGAACAUUGACCAAAGUGGUGCUUUUGAAUAUCCUCAUACCAGGACUCGCCACAUGGAUGAUACUGGUAAUAUGGUUGAAGAGUUGACAUUAAGAAAUUGUGAUGAUGGCAGCUUAGCUAUAGUGGGCACCUCAAAUAAUAAAGAUAUGGCGCAGACUCGGCAGAACCAGUGGCAGCAUCUAUAUCAGAUAGCAGGUCGAUCAGGAAGUGGGAGCUCAUAUGGAGAUGCUGCCAACAAAGAAAAUGGUCAUGCCAUGUCAACUGCCUGGGAGAAUGCGGGACAAACAAAUUUUACUGAUUUUUGGGGUCAAAAAUCACCAGAUGAUUUCAAUGAAGUCACAGAUUCACCAAAUAACACAGGCAAAGCUGUCGCGAGCAAUACUUUAUUGUCUCCUGGGAUUAUCCGGACUAAAAUUCUAUCUAAAUCUGGGUUUUGCAAUUAUUUUGUUAAAAAUACGCUGAAGGGUAAGGGGGUCAUAUGCAGAGGUCUAGCUCGUGAAGGGUCUGCUGUCGAGUUCAGGGGACAGACUGAUUCAAAGCCUGCUGGUUCUGCAGUCGUAGCUUCUGAUGCACUGUUGAGUUCAAGUGCAAGAACUGUUAUGACUCCUUCCUAUGGUGUUCCUGGGCCUGGACGUGGUCUUCUUUUCAAUGAUUUUCAUGAUGGGGUAAAUUUGAGAGAAUGGCUAAAAGCUCGCCACAAAGUAAAUAAAGUUGAGAGUUUGUAUAUAUUUAGGCAGAUUGUGGAUCUGGUGAAUUUCUCUCACUCUCAAGGAGUUGCCUUGCAAGACUUGCGUCCAUCCCGCUUCAAGUUGUUGCCAUCAACUCAGGUCAUAUACCUUGGAUCAUCCGUUGGAAAAGAAAUGGUGGAAAAUGUUAGGGAUCUAGAGAUUUUGCACCCGGGAAACGAGAAAAGGCCUUUAGAACAGGCUAUGUACCACACUGGUAGUCAACAUGCAAAGAAGCAUAAAUUUGGGGAGAACAUAAGACGGUGGCCUCAGUUUUCUGCAAGAUCUGACUUCAAAUUAGCUACUGCUAACGAUGCUGAUGUCAAUAUUGCUUGUCCACAAGAUUCCACUAAUGAAUUCAAAGAAGACUGUAACCUGAAAACGGAAUAUAAGGUUCUUGGCCACUCCAGCAGCCCUUAUGGAUAUAAUACAUCCCAACGGCUUUUGACUUCUGUAGGUAAUCCAUUGGAAGAGAAAUGGUAUACUAGUCCGGAGGAGCUCAAUGAGAGGAGCUGCACUUUUUCUUCAAAUAUCUACUGUCUGGGUGUUCUUAUGUUUGAGUUAUUUGGUUCUUUUGACUAUGGAAGGAAGCAUGAUGCUGCCAUGUUAGAUCUGCAUCACAGGAUUCUUCCUCCAAACUUCUUGUCAGAGAAUCCCAAGGAAGCUGGAUUCUGUCUUUGGCUUCUUCAUCCUGCACCGUCAUCACGCCCAACAGCAAGGGACAUCCUGCUAUCUGAUGUUAUAAGUGGAGCAAAGGAAUCAUGUGGAGAGGAGUUGUCAUCAUCUAUUCACCAAGAUGAUGCUGAAUCAGAAUUAUUAUUGCAUUUCCUUACAUCACUGGAAGAGCAAAAGCAGAAGGAUGCCUCAAAGUUAGUGGAAGAAAUUAAAUGCUUAGAAGCAGAUAUUGAAGAGGUUGAGAGACGGCAGACAAAAAAAUCUUUGGUUUUUUCUUGCUCAUCUAAGGAGUCUCUCAGUGCAAGGGGAAACAGAUUCUUUGGAAAAGAAUAUUCAAGUUCUGAGGUGCACUCUAAAUUAUUCCCUGUACCAUACAAUGAAUUGAGCUUGAUGAGGAAUAUCAGUCAGCUUGAAAGUGCUUACUUCUCCAUGAGAUCCAAUAUUCAGUCUUCUGAUAAUGCUGUGGCAUCUUGCACAAAUAAGGAUAUAUUGACGUAUCGGCAAAAUCGGUUUCGGGCACAGGAGGAUGAAGAGAAACACAAAUCCUCUGAUCGCCUAGGAGACAUCUUCAAUGGCUUUUGCAAGUAUGCUCGUUAUAGUAAGUUUGAAGUGAAUGGAAUAUUGAGGAAUGGAGAUUUUAAUAGUUCGACAAAUGUAAUCUGUUCUUUGAGUUUUGACCGGGAUGAGGACUAUUUUGCUACUGCUGGGGUAUCAAAGAAAAUAAAGAUAUAUGAGUUCAAUGCACUUCUUAAUGACUCAGUUGAUAUUCAUUAUCCGGUAAUUGAGAUGCCCAACAAAUCAAAGCUUAGCUGCAUUUGCUGGAAUAAUUAUAUUGCAAACUAUCUGGCUUCAACUGACUAUGAUGGUGUGGUCAAGUUAUGGGAUGCGGGAACUGGUCAAGGUUUUUCUCAAUACAUUGAGCAUCAGAAAAGGGCUUGGUCUGUUGACUUCUCUCACGUGGAUCCCAGAAAAUUUGCCAGUGGAAGUGAUGAUUGUUCUGUGAAAAUCUGGAACAUCAAUGAGAAGAACAGUUUAUGCACUAUCAGGAACAUUGCAAAUGUCUGCUGUGUUCAGUUCUCGGCUCACUCCAGCCAUUUGCUAGCCUUUGGAUCUGCGGAUUACAAAACCUAUUGCUAUGAUCUGCGGAAUGUUUCCACCCCUUGGUGUAUAUUGGCUGGCCAUGAAAAAGCUGUUAGCUUUGUGAAAUUUUUGGACUCUGAAACUCUUGUUUCUGCAUCCACUGACAACACGCUAAAAAUUUGGGACCUCAAUAAAACCAGCUCCAGCGGUUUAUCAACAUCUGCUUGCAUCUCAACCCUUAGAGGGCAUACCAAUGAAAAGGUUGGUUUCUCCUCUUCCAUGUUAGAAUCUGCAUCAUAUUUUAAUUAUGAAUGGAAAGAAUUUAUUUUUCUACUGAAUGCAGUAUUACCUGGUCUUCACUGUUCUUAUUGCUUUAACUUUGUGCUCUUUUUCCCUCAGAACUUCGUUGGUUUAUCUGUAGCUGAUGGAUACAUAGCAUGUGGUUCAGAGACGAAUGAGGUGUAUGCUUAUUAUAAAUCUCUGCCUAUGCCAAUAACUUCCUACAAAUUUGGCUCCAUCGAUCCUAUGUCUGGUAGGGAGACUGAUAAUGACAAUGGGCAGUUUGUUUCAAGUGUCUGCUGGAGGCAGAAGUCAAGAAUGGCUGUUGCUGCCAAUUCCAGUGGGUGUAUAAAAGUGUUGCGAAUGGUUUAAGAUAAAGGUAAUCCUGUGAGAUCAAUCCGGUGUUGCUGUCUUGUGUGAUGACUUCUCCAGCUUGACGGUCCCAGAGAGUUUUUCUUCAGGCCGCAUUCUUCAAUCAGGGCUGUAAGUUUCUAUCCAAAAGAAAAAAGAAACAAAAAGAACUCUCAAAUUUUGAGGAGAUCUCAAGUUUUAACCAAUGUGAGAGAUGAUGAAAGGGCUCAAGCUCCUGGAUUUCAUAUGGUGCAGCUUUUUGGCGCUGAAUAGUGGGUUUGGGUCUGACGGAAGCCAGCAGUAGCUGUGAGACUCAUUCCAGAUCUACAUCCGAAAUGAAGCCAGCAGUACCUGUGAGAAGUAACUCUAGAUCAUAGACUUGAUAACACGACACUGUCACAGGAAAUUACUUGCUUGAAAAGUGCAAGAUCAAAUUGCUUUAGUUAAAAGAUGCCUCAAUAGCUGCCUGCUUGGAGUUUGGAAGGAUGCAAUCCAGAUCAAUAUGAACAUCAAGGCAGGCAUCACCAUCGUCAUUCUUGGUCCGGUAUGGCAGGGAUAAAACUUGAAUUGUUGAGCAGUAAGAAGCAACUCUUCGAUUGAAACUCGAGAUCAUUGUAUUUUGGUGGGUCCGUGGAUCUGGUUUCGGCAAAGUUCCUCCCAAGUCAUUUGGACAAGGUUGCAAGUUUUAAAUGAAGGAACUGCAUUUGUUACUGAGUAGUUUGUUUAAAUAGCAACAUUAACGUUCAAGGUGUUUGUGUAAAUGAGACAACUUGCAGGCUUUGAACACCUAGAUAUAUUCAUAGAAAGCCCCUUUACAGACAAAUUAUGAAGCAUAAAAGUGCCUAUAUUAUCAUUCUAAACUAGGAUCAGCUAUUGUAUUUUUUAUUUUUUCCAUUGUGAAUGUAUAAAAUUUUUGCUUGUAAAGCCCUCUUGAGCUAAGAAUCUUGUUUCAUCAUUCUCCAUGAAAGUCAUAAAUUAACUGAACGGUAUUGUAUUAUA